AUGAUUUGUGUUGUAAUAGCUAGUUUUGUCUUGCAGUCUGUAACUCUUCAUACUGAUGUAGGAGAUAUCAAGAUUGAGGUUUUCUGUGAGCAAUGUCCAGCAUCAAGUGAGAACUUUUUGGCAUUGUGCGCAAGUGACUAUUACAAAGGCUGCAUAUUUCACCGAAACAUUAAAGGGUUCAUGGUACAAACAGGAGAUCCCACAGGGACAGGAAAGGGUGGCACCAGUAUAUGGGACAGGAAAUUUGAGGAUGAGUUUCGUGACAACCUUAAGCAUUCUGUGCGAGGUGUUGUUUCCAUGGCAAACAAUGGUCCAGACUCUAAUGGAUCACAAUUUUUCAUCACAUAUGCUAAACAGCCACAUCUGGAUGCCAAAUACACCAUCUUUGGGAAAGUUAUUGAUGGGUUUGAUACAUUGGAUGAACUGGAGAAAUUGCCAGUGAAAGAAAAAAACUUUCGUCCUCUCUCUGACAUACGAAUACAAGACAUAACAAUACAUGCUAACCCUUUAGCAGGCUGAUGUAACUGUCAGUAUGUGAGAUGGUAAUUUAGGCAGCUCUACCACAUCCAAGGACUUCUUGUAUCCUGCUUACCAUUACAUGUCUGCAUAUGUGUUACAUGACAACAAUUUCUGUUACCAUUAGCAACACCAAGGAAUACCUACAACGGGUAAAAUUAGUUAAGGCACAUGAAUCGUAUAAUGGCAAGACAUUUAAUAAUCUAAAAUUAUAACUGCUCCAUUGAUUUACAUUGAAUACAAGACUGGUCAGUGAUUAGUGGAUCCAGUGGCACAUCUCGAGAUCCUGCUUGUUAUCUCUUCCCAUAAAUUGUCAAAUGUUACGAGUCAACAUUUCUAAGUUUACACUACAUCGAUAUUCCUCUGGUAACUGAUGGUGACAUUUAAGAAUUUUUUAAGAAAACAGUAGUUUUGGCUUACCCAUGUUCUGUCUAAUUGCAACAUGGUAAAGGUCUGUCGAUUGUGUGAUGUUUAUUGUUAUGAUAAAAGUAUGUACAUUAUCUGUUCAAUAGAGAUUACAACAAUUAUAAAUUAUGUAAGACAUGUUUUUAUAGAAUUAGCUAUAUUGUAAUGACAGGAAUGUCCCUGUUAGCAAUCAAGCAGAAAUUUUGAUCUCUUGAGUGUUAUUUGCUUGUGAUUUAUACAUAUUUAUGACAUUUCUAAAGCAAAGGGACAGAGGUGUACUCGUGAUUCACAAAAUAAAAUAGAAGUUCUGACUGUAGAAUCAGUGGUAAAGAAUUAGAAAUGGAUUUCAAGCAAAUCUGGUGUGAUGCACCAUUGGGUGAGGGAAGUCAUUUCUGAAAUUCAGAAUUUUGAUUUGAUCUCCUGGGGUCAAGGGACAGGGCCGUAAAAGGGGAAGUGCUGAUGUUAGAUUUAGAGAUCUAGGGGUGGGUGAGGCCAAAAAUAGGGAAUUUAGACAAUAUUUUGCUUCAAAAUGCAUCUCAAUCUUAAUGCUUGAAUGGAUUAAACUAUAUUUGGUCUGAAACAUAAUUGAAAAUAGAGAAUCAUUUCUGAUAUUUAGAAAGUUGAUUGAUGCCAAGGGGCUAUUGAGCAGGGCCCCAAAAAGGGAUAUUAGACAAUACUUUUGCUUCAAAACGCUACUUCUUUUCAAUGCUUGAAUGGAUUUAAACCAAAUUUGGUCAAACAUCAUUGAAAGUGGAGAAUUAUUUCUUAAAUUCAGAAAGUUGAUUUGACCCCUAGUUCACAGGAAUUAACUUGAUACGCUUGAAAGGUCACAGGGAUCAAAUGUCUUAGAAUGUUUAAAUGACUUCUUUUCAAUAACUGAAAGACCCAAGGGAGCUGAUAUUGGACCAACUUUCAAGGUCACAAGGGUCAAAUGUGUUGGAAUGCUUAAGCAACUUCCUCUUAAUAAAUGAAAGGCCCAGGUUGAUAAUAUUUAACCUGUAGCAAUCUAGGAUGUAGAACUACCAAAUUUCUUAAUGUGAAUGACAUUGACCCACUUUCAAGGUCAGGUAUCAGAUGUGUUUAAAUGUUUAUAUGGCUUCUUCUCAAUGACCAGAUGGCUCAGGGUACUGAUAUUCGACCUACUUUCAAGGUCACAGAGGUCAAAUGUGUUAAAAUGCUUAAGCAGUUUCUUCUCAAUCACUAAAAGGCGAAGGGUCUAAAGAAUAUAUAAAGAUGUAUAAAUGUAUAAAGAAUAUGAUUUCAAGUUUGCAGAAAAUGUCUUGAUAAACCAACAAUGUUUUUUAUGUAAGCUAUAAGAGUAGUUGAGCAAUUUCUUUUAGGCUUAGUUUGCCUCUUUCAUAUACAUAUAUAUUACAGCCAGAUGAUCACCCAAGGGGCUCUUAUUCUAGAUUAUUGUUGUGUUGAGGAAGGCUACCCAAUCAUGUUCUUAGCAUUUCCUUGAAAAUUUCAAAAUCUUCUAAAUUAAAUAGCUAUAACUUUGGAAAACAAAACACCUGACCAUCACUGAAUCACAACUUGACUUGCAUAUCAUUAUUAUAUAACUAUACACAUCAAAUUAGUUCUGUAUCUGUAUCCAUGAAUGAGGAAGCGAGUAGAAACAAAAUUAUGGUGGAGUGAUGGGUUGACUGACAAGUAUAACACAAUAUGCCCUGACCAUGAAAGUGUUUGGUCAUAAAAAUGCAGGUAAAUAAAAAUCAAAACUGAUGAGGUUUUUCGUAAUUGUUAUUUUAUUGGCAACAAAAAACAAAAAUGUGAAUACCAGACAAUUAAUCAAAACUUAAUGAAAGCGAGUGCAAAAACUAUUUGUACAUUUUUUUUUUCUUUUUCUUUUUUUCUUGCUGGAUAGUCAAUCGUAUAAAAAGGUUGGAAAAUGUUGACAUAACAGCUGUAACUCAUUCUCUAUGCUUUAGUUGUAUUUAAUUGCAACAGUUAUACAAAAAUUUAUUUUUUUGUCACAACUAAGAAGUGACUGACCAAUAUAUAUUCAAAGUAAUACAAUUCCUUCCACAUUAAAAUGCAGGAGCAUGUCUGAUUGGGGAAUUCUUUUCCUUCUCCAAUAAUCUAGGAUACAUCAUUGUUAUAUUGCAAACUUGGUAGCCGUAGCUCUUUUCAUACAUUGUACAUGCUUUUUGUACAACAUCAUGUGACCUUCAGUUAUGAUGUCAAGCUAUUUAUCCAAUGAAUGCUAUAUAACAUUUGUUUUCCCAGUUUGAAAAAAAUCUGGUCAUAUUUUCUAUGAAUAAUUAAAUACAAAAUUCAAUGUUCAUCAUCACCAAUAUUUUCACUCAUCUCUGCUAUAUAAUUGCACUUGGAAUUUCAAUUGUGACCAUAAAGUCUCCAUCAAGCAAUAGUGAUGUAUAAAGGAACAUUUGUUAGAAAAUCUAUUUCCAUUUAUAAAGAUUGUGAAAUACUUAUUAGCAUUCACAUUAAAUGUGUAACUGGGUAUUGUAUGAUCAGAGAUAUUACAGUACAUUCUGGUUUAUUUACCAGUCUUAUUUUUCAAAAAAGUUGUUUGUAAAAUCAGUUUUCAAGGGUCUCAACAGAUGUUUUUAUGACCAGUAUCCAAUGUAAUAUUUGUAGUAUUUUUUAAUGUGUUACUUUCAGGAUUUCCAAGGACCUUUAAGUACAAGUUUGUCACCUCAAUAUCAGCAUAGACUCUCAAGUCUUUAAGCACUAAUGAAAUGUUUUGACAAGAUAAACAAUUUGUACUUUUGAAGGUGCUUAAAAUUUCAAGAAUUGUCAGUCAUAAGAGAGCCCUUUGUAAUUGAACAUGCACUGCAGCUAGCAUGAAUAAUCUAAUCUGUUUGUAUAAAAUCAUCUUUUGAGAUUAAAUUUGAUACUGCACUGUUGAUAUCCAUAGAUUAAAUCCAUAGAUACUCAAAAAUUAUUUGUAUUUUAUUCAUGAUUA